UCCAGCGGCCGCCUUCAGUCUGCUGCGUCGGCCCGGCCAGCAGCAGCUCGAGGGGGUGGUUGCUCGCCGCCCGCCUCCCGCCCGCUCGCCCGCCAGCCUCCCCCCGCCAUGUCUUCCCUGCUUUGCUGCGGGCCCAAGCUGGCCGCCUGCGGCAUCGUGCUCAGCGCCUGGGGCGUCAUCAUGCUGGUGAGGGGUGCCACCUCCAGGACUGACCCCCCACUCUCUCUGACCCACAGCGGCCCGGAGAGGAUCUACCGUCUCUACGAGCAAGUCAGCUACAACUGCUUCAUUGCAGCCGGGCUGUACCUGCUGCUCGGGGGCUUCUCCUUCUGCCAGGUCCGGCUGAACAAGCGCAAGGAGUACAUGGUGCGCUAGGACCCCGCUGGGGACAGCCGCCCCCUCCCCGGACCCGCCGGGCCCCUCGGCUCAUUCCAGCUCCUCCCUGGCGCCCCCUUUGCUUGGGACUCACCCUGGUGGUGGGGGCACCCCCUGGGAUGCUGCUGACCCCCGGUCUUAAGGGAUUGUAAAGGUGUGGGGGGUUCUCCAGUUGUGGGGAGAGGGGGUUGUCAGUCUCCCUAUGGUACUGUUGGGGCACAAGUGGGUGGUUGCCUGUGGGGCUGGCUCCCCCCCUCCUUGCGUGUGGCAGGCUCUGGGCUGGGGGAUGUCAUGUUCUGUGCUCCCCAGCUUUGUCGUCUCACUUUCCAAAUGCACCCCGUGGUGUUGUCUGUCCCUCCCAUCCCUCCCCAGCCAUGAGGGAUUGGGGGUGGGGGGCUUGCCCUGCCCUGCUGAGACCCCCACCCCGGGUCUUGAUCUGUGUCUGUUUGUGUCGACUCUGGAAUUGGUUCCUGUGAAAUAAAACACGUUGGAUCCCC